AUGCAGCAGUCUCAAAAGAAUAGUAUGGUCAACAGUAUCAAAAGCCGAGGAAAAGACAAGAGCAAGAAGAAGAAAGGAAGUAGAUCUAGAGAACAGGUUGUAGACGACAUAGAAUUAAUAAUUUUAGUUAGUUUUAAAAAAUUUAUUGGAGUAAAUACAGAAAAAGAUUCAGUAAUACAAGAUGAAGACCCGAUGAAACAAAUAAAAAAGGAUCUGCUGAAGCAACUUGAGUCUAAUCCAGGCGAAGGUAGCAGAAAUAAACCGGAUGACAUAGAGAAACAUUGUGAACAUGUGAACGGAAUAUGUUACCAAUCGAUUUCCGAUUUUGAAUAA